AUGGAGCAGCUUCGUGUGACGACCGCCGCCGCGAGCGAGGGUGGUGGCGAGAGGCACGCCGGGAUCUCGCCGCUCGCAACGAGUCCCACCCGCUGGUGGCUCGCACAGCUCGCCGUGUGGUCCAUUAGCAUCGUGCCCGCGCUGGUAUGGCCGACCUGGCUCGCUGUCUUCGGCACCGGCUGGCUGCAGACCGUCCUUCUCUGCCUGGUGCUGCUCGUGCGCCGAUCGCAGCGCGAGCCUGCGAAUCCUCUCCACACCGUGCGCGUUGCGGCGGAUGCGCCGGCCGCGCCGCCGCCAAAGCGGCUGCGCCUCUCGCUGGCGCGGCGAGCCAUUGCAUCCUCUCGCGUGCGCAUCAUCGUCGUCUCGCGGCUGAAAAGGGCCAUCGCGCUGCGUGGAGCCGAGGCCGUGCUGGCGGAGCUCUUCUGCGGAGCUCGGCCGCCAGGGAGGCGGGAGCCGCCGCUCAUCGAGUCGGCGCCCCCGGCGAGGGCCUACUUUGCCCUGGUCUCGUACCGGCAGGAGCGGCUCGAAGGCGACGACAGCGGGACAACGAUGGACGCCGCGGCGCUCGCCUCGAUCGCCGACGUGGCGCACGCGGCGGGGCUGGAGGGAAUAUGGCUCGACGCGUGCUGCUUCGCGGCGGUGCAAAACAAGUACGACCACGACUCCUUUGUCGCCACCCUCGCUGCCGUCACGCAGCACGCGAGCGAGGUGAUCUGGCUCCCGCGCGCGCGCACCGCCUCCAAGGCGUCCUCGUACCAGUUCCGGCUCUGGUGCACCUUCGAGGCGGCGACCGUGGCGGAGCGAGGGCUGCCGGUGCGGGUCGCGGGGGUGGGCCUCUCGCAGUCGCAGCUCCUCCUCCACCGCUUCGGCACCUGGACGCCCCUCUGGCCCGGCUGCGAGAUGGGCGAGGUCCGCAAGCUGCAGACCUGCCACUCGAUCCUCCUCGUCCUCUUCUUCCUCUCGCCGCUCGUCGUGGCGCCGCUGGUCUGGGUGCUCCGCGCCCCCGCCGCCCUCUCGCAGUGGGCGCCAAAGCUGUCCCACGAGUACUGGCUCUGCGAGUCGGGCCAGAGCGUGCUGCGGCCCUACGCCCUCUGCCCAAGCCCUACGCCCACCCCUCUCAACCAGUAA